GGCCACGUGACGGCGGGUGGCGACGUGGAGCGGCGCAGCGCGCAGGCGCGGGCGGGCGGAGCGGCCAUGGCCGCGGCCUGAGGAGCGGCGGGGCCAUGAGCUGGUUCAACGCGUCGCAGCUGUCCAGCUUCGCCAAGCAGGCGCUGUCGCAGGCGCAAAAGUCCAUCGACCGCGUGCUGGACAUCCAGGCCGAGGACGGGCCCUGGGCCGAGCCCGCCCGCCCCGACGGCGACCGCGAAAUAAAUUCCCUUACAAGUGGAGGAUGGGACACUUCUUCCUGGGGAUUAAAUUCUAAUGCAGAACCUCAAACUCAGCCUAUAUCUACGACAGCAAUCACCAAACCGGUUAGGAGGACGGUAGUAGAUGAAUCUGAAAACUUCUUCAGUGCCUUUCUCUCUCCAGUGGAUGUUCAGAGCAUACAGAAAAGUCCAGUGGUGUUUAAACCUCCAACCAAAUCUCAGUGGCCCAAAGAAGAAGUGAACAGCACUUUAAAAGAAUGUAUCCACACCAGUCAGCCAGAUGCAUCAGUAGUAACAGAGCCAGAAACAAAAGACUCCUCUGUAAUUACCUUAGUGCACUUGGAAAACCUUGAUAUUCCCCAGGAGAAAUUAGAAGAAAGUUCUGCAAUUAAAAAUGACAGUGAGCAUGAAGAAACAGCAAAUGAAAGUUCAGAUAAAGCAGUCUCUACUCUAGAUCUGAAAGUACCUGAAGCUGCUGUGAAUGUGAAAUCUGGCAUAGGGAAGGAUGGACCAGAAAGUGCACCCGACAGCCCUGCACAGUCUCUUACACCAGAGGCAAAAGACGUGGGCUUGGAAGCCAAGGAGCAGAAAAAUGAGGACAGACAAAGCAAUACACCUUCACCACCUAUCAGCACUUUCUCCUCGGGCACAUCCACAACUAGCGACAUUGAAGUUUUGGACCACGAGAGUGUAAUAAGUGAGAGCUCAGUUAGUUCUAGACAAGAGGCAGCAGAUUCAAAAUCCAGCCUUCAUCUGAUGCAGACUUCCUUUCAGCUCCUAUCUACGUCAGCUUGCACUGAGUAUAAUCGUUUAGAUGACUUUCAAAAAAUGACAGAGAGUUGCUGUUCCUCUGAUGCAUUUGAAAGAAUAGACUCAUUCAGCGUGCAGUCGUUGGAUAGCCGAAGCGUAAGUGAAAUCAACUCGGAUGAUGAAUUAUCCGGCAGGGCUUCUGCUUCAGCAUCUAUUACAGUCGGCCCCUCGACACCAAAGACCGAGACGGUUGACUCCGUGAAAAAUAAAUCUGAAGAAGAAUUGAAUGAGAUGCUUCUUGUGCAUCCGGAGGAAACUGAAAUGGAGGAGAGCGGGAGAAGUGCAACCCCUGUUAAUUCUGAGCAGCCGGAUAUUUUGGUUGCUGCUGCUCAAACAGAUGAAGAAGAAAUGGUAAAAGUGGAGUGUACAGCGCAGCAGCAAGAUGCUGAAACAUUGCCUGAACUGGACUGUGAAAAGGAAGAGCUUCGCAAGAUGGUUGAUUCGCUGACUGAAAAGCUGGGAAAGAGGGAAACCCAGUUAUUGAAUGUUAGUAAAGAGAAGGCAUGCUUAGAAGAAGCUUAUGACAACCUGAAAGAUGAAGUGAUCAGAAUGAAAGAAGAGAGCAGUAGUAUUUCAUCUCUUAAAGAGGAGUUUGCUCAGCGUAUAGCAGAUGCUGAAAAGAAGGUCCAAGUAGCGUGCAAAGAGAGAGAUACAGCAAAAAAGGAAGUAAAGACUGUUAAAGAAGAACUGGCUACUAGAUUAAAUUGUAACGAAACAGCUGAACUACUGAAGGAGAAAGAUGAACAAAUCAAAGGACUUAUGGAGGAAGGAGAAAAGCUUUCAAAACAGCAGCUACAAAAUUCCAACAUCAUUAAGAAGCUGAGAGCAAAGGAGAAGGAGAGGGAAAACACUAAUGCAAAACAGAAUAAAAAGAUUACAGAAUUAGAAGAGGAGUUACAGCUUUUGAAACAGGUGCUUGAUGGCAAGGAGGAAGUUGAGAAGCAGCAUCGAGAGAACAUUAAACACCUCAACAGUGUGGGAGAGCGGCAAGAGAAGGAUCUUAGCAGGCUUCAGGUGGAGGUGGAAGAGCUUGAAGAAAAGAACCGAAGCAUUCAGACAGCACUCGACAAUGCAUACAAAGAGCUUGCAGAGCUUCACAAAGCCAAUGCUACAAAGGACAGUGAGGCACAAGAAGCAGCGUUAAGUUGUGAAAUGAAGGCGAAAGAAGAACUUGGUUUAGCGCUAGAGAAGGCCCAAGAGGAGGCCCGGCAACAACAGGAAGCUUUAGCAAUUCAGGUGGCAGACCUGAGGCUGGCAUUGCAACGGGCAGAACAGCAAGCAGCAAGAAAGGAAGACUAUUUACGCCAAGAAAUCAGUGAGCUACAACAGAGACUCCAAGAAGCAGAAAAUAGGAACCAAGAACUAAGUCAAAGUGUUACAUCUGCUACAAGGCCACUUCUCCGGCAGAUAGAAAAUCUGCAAGCAACACUGGGAGCCCAGACCUCCACGUGGGAAAAGUUAGAGAAGAACCUUUCUGACAGGCUUGGUGAGUCUCAAUCCCUGCUGGCAGCAGCAGCUGAGCGAGAACGUGCUGCUACAGAAGAGCUUCUUUCCAAUAAAGUUCAGAUGUCUGCCACUGAAUCGCAAAACAGCCUGCUGAGGCAAGAGAACAGUCGCCUUCAGGCUCAGCUGGAAGUAGAGAAAGCCAGACUCAAGAAACUGGAAAAUGAAAACAAUAGGUGUGAGGUCGAACUAGAAAACCUUAGAAAUGAGUAUGCGAAAACCCUUGAAGAAGCAAAGAAAGAAAAGACACUGUUAGCUACUCAGUUAGAAAUGGAGAAGAUGAAAGUUGAGCAAGAAAGGAAGAAAGCCAUUUUUGUACAAGAAGCAGCAAAGGAAAAGGAACGCAAAUCAUUUUCAUUGUCGACAAUGGAAACUGUUUCGAGUACUCCAACUCUGUCACGCUCAAGUUCGAUAAGUGGAGUUGACAUGGCAGGGCUUCAGGCUUCCUUCCUCUCUCAGGAUGAUCCUCAUGACCAUUCGUUUGGAUCAGUGUCUGCAAGUGGGAACAAUCUUUAUGAUGCUAUAAGAAUGGGAGCAGGUUCAAGUAUCAUUGAAAACCUGCAAUCACAGUUAAAACUAAGGGAGGGAGAGAUUUCUCACCUACAGCUGGAAAUUGGAAACCUUGAAAAAACUCGGUCGAUAAUGGCUGAGGAACUGGUUAAAUUAACUAAUCAAAAUGAUGAAUUUGAAGAAAAAGUGAAGGAGAUACCAAAAUUGCGGGCACAGCUGAAGGAUUUGGAUCAACGAUACAACACAAUUCUCCAGAUGUAUGGGGAGAAAGCAGAAGAGGCGGAAGAACUUCGACUGGAUCUUGAAGAUGUGAAAAAUAUGUACAAGACUCAGAUAGAUGAACUCUUAAAACAAAGACAAAACUAAUUCCUGCUGAAACUGUAACUUUACCACAGUGAUAUUAGACUGUAAAGAUAGUUGUUCAUGUAAAUUCAAAUGUGUUGUAAAAAAUGUACUAUAGAAAAUGUGACUAUAUUGUAGAAUUCAUACGCAGGAAAAAACAAUGCUUUAAUGGUGUCUGGUACUGUCUGCAGUUAAAUUAUUUGUGCAAUAUUUAAUUUUUCUUUUUUUUUUAAUUAAAACCAUCCCUCCCUUUAUUUAACUAAAAAUGGACCGUUUUAUGUCCAAGCAGUAGAAGAAAGAUUGAUUUAUGCGAUAUGACCUGACCAUGUGGCAGAGGAAGGUGUUGAAGGAAGAACUUUUAAAUGUUCUGAACAUUUGUUCUUUUUAUAAAAAAAAAAAAUAAAAAUUAUACUACUAUUUUUUUUUCUUACUGCAACACAAGUGGCAGAGACUUGCUGUCUGAAAUUUAAGAGGGUAGAUGUUUCCAAUCUUUUCAAUGAAGGGAGAAUUCCUGAUUUGUAUUUUGGGAAUCUGAAGAACAGCAGUUUCAUUUUCAUGGAGAAAUUUUGCUUCACAGAACAUCUGUUUUGCACCAAUUCCCUAAAGCAAAGAGAUGGACCAAGACUGUAACUUAUUCUUGUUGUUAAAUCCACUACUUCAUCUUGCAUGCUAUUUGUACUGCAUCCCUGGGGUCAUUAGACCUCCAGGUAAACCUGUCUCUACAUACAGUUAACAUCAUCUUCAGCAAGCAGGACAGUUCAACACUUGUUUCCUUUAGGUUUUGGAGCUGCUUCUAGUGGUACUGUUUUAAAAAAAAGAAAGUCAGAAAAAUAAAAUUCUUUUGAAAUGAAAUCAUUGCUGCUGCUCUUCUGUAGCCAUUCUUGGUCUAAAUCUGAUUCUUAUGCCCCACUUUUUUGGAACUGAAGUAGUCUGAUUUUUAAGGUAGUCAGCAGUGAUUGCAAAAGAUCACUCAAUUCCUUAUUGGCUAAAUCAGCAUCUGUGCAGCUUGAUAUUUCAAGAGCCACGUUUCGGGUCAUGCGUCAGAGCAGUCGGACCCUUGGGAAUGCUGAGAACUAGUCUGCUUCUUCCUCUUUGCAUUCCAGACAGCAAAUAGUUCACUGUGCUGAAUACUGCCGCAGUAAUGGAUGCUCAUAUUCUGAACUGUACUGCAUAUGCAAUUCUCUGCUUAUUCCACCACUUGCUUCAAUUAUGAGUGAUUUCUCCUCCCUCUCCACAUUCGUAACUUAACUAAGGCUGCGUACAAAUGUUCAUUUCUACCAGAAGAAAUUUAUUCCAGCAGGAAAAUAGCCUGGGAGCUGGACUUGUACCGAUGUUCCUUCGUCCCCAUGGCUGCAUAGCUUCAUGGACAAGCUCUCUAGCCAGGGGGCAUUAGAGGGCCCUUCCCUGAGCUACCCAUACCCUUAGUUGACAUUAAUAUGUCCAUUAAUUGAUCCUGCCCAGAAAGGGGCAGGCUUUCAGCCCCCAAGUGAAUGACCCCUCUGCCCCCCAGCAUCAGCUGAUGGGCAGGACGGGAGGCACUCAUGGUGGGAUCCCUCCCAGUUCUCCCCUGUAGGAGAAUAGCCCCACUUGCACUCCUUUGGGCUUACCCAGAGGGGUGCAGGGAGAUGGGUGGGAGCACUUGGCUUCUGUGGCAAGGCUCUGGGAGCCUGCCUUGUCCCACUCCUUGGGGUCAGCUGGGCAGUGUCUGCAGCAAGGGAGAGCCUCUGUACACCCUGCUCCCUGCCCCUCCAACUUCCCCAGGCAGCCUCCACCACUCAGCUGAGCGGCAGGGGCAGCGAUUUAAAAACCAGAGGGGCUUCCCCAGCUUCGCUUCCAGCUCCCCUUUGCAGCCCUGCUGGGGGUGCCAGUUUAGCUGGAAGUGGGGGCUCCGGAAAAGCCCCCUCAGCCCAGCCCCCCUUGUAGGGCAGGGCAGGAAAGCUGGUGGUUUAACGUGGGAUGUUACUGGGUUAUUUUUCUCCUGGACCAGCCAUUUUUGCUCAGAGAAAAAGCCUGAGUAUCCUUACACUUUGGUCUCUACUGGGGGAGCAGUGGUCCUGUGUGGUCCAGCUGUACAGCCCUUAGAAUGAAUGAAUGAAAUGUGAUAGCUGGGGAACCAGCUUUCACAGGAGAGACGAUCCUGUACUAGGAAUUUGUAUCCUCGGGGCCUGCAAAAAAGAAAAGGGAAGUCUUCAAUGGGUGCCGUCUCAAUGCGCCACCGCCCCUCUGGGAUCCACCCCUUUGAAAUCAGAGCGCAGUUUGACUCGGGAUUUGCCCUACGGAAGCAAUACAAGCACAGAACUUAAAAUAGGGUUUUAUUCUUUAUCUCAUUUGAUCUGCAUGCUUGAUUUCAUUUUGGAAAUGAGUAUUGUUCUAAGACUGGACAUUUUGCUUUCAUAAAAUGAACCCUCCCAGUGCUCCAAGUAGGCAGUAGGGACUGAAAUGUGGAUGCUUACUUUCAAGAGCAUAAAUCAGUCAUUCAGUUCUAACGUGUAAAUAGUUUUUUAAAAGUGCUUAAAGUGUUUUUUAACAACCAGGUUCAAAUUAGCGUAGGGUAUCGAUUCAGUAUCAGUUGCCAGUCGGACCACAUUUUAUCUUGUAGAUUGGGUUGUAUUCAAGCUUGUGCAAGUCAAGGACUAUUCCAUGAAAAAUAUGCAUCUAGCUUUGUCAUUUUUAUUUUGGCAUAUCAUUGCAGAACCGUUUUGAAGGUAAUAUUCCACCAUUAAAAUGUGAGUGGGUAACUUGUCAAUUGGAGCUGAUAUACAGUAAUAAAUCUAAUAAAUACAAAUGUUUUUUGGACAAUAUCUAAUUUUUAAAAGGAAUCUGGACAAGUAGAAAGCCUUGAUGUAUGCUUACAUGUCAUAUUCUUUUCCUCUUGGAUGUAAAAGGCAGUAUUUGUCAGUACUUAGGUGCAGAACUUAGGUUUUAAAGUCUACAAAAUUAAAGAUUUUACAAACUCUCCUCCUAAAUUCAGUGCUUGGAUUUGGCUGUUCCUUUCCCUUGCAGCCUAUCCUAGAGCCUGAAAACCAGGAAGUGACGCUAUUUACAUCUGUACUAAGCAUCAAAAUCUUGUGAAACAGAGAACCGUAAAAAGUAACCCGUUUUGUGCAUCUUGGCUGUAACACUGGUGUGUUUGCUUUUAAGGCUGCCAGCAUCCUUUCAACUCAGUGCCGUCAGCACAGGUAUGUUUGCACACAAAAAAGGUCUUAAUAGGACCACCUAGCAUUGUUCAAAUUAAUAGAUGAAAAUGCCAUCUGUUGCUUUUCUUGCUGCCUGUUGCUGUGAAGUAGUAAAACUGCUGUAUCUGCCAGUGUGAAGAAACAUUAUACUUCACAGAUUUACUCAAAGUAAUAGGAGUCUAUUCUUGAAUACAGUGAAGGCAAUGGGAAGACUCCUAUUGCUUUCAAAGCAUUUUGGAUUAGACCCCUGAUCAGCUGGCAGCGUGUUACCAUAAAGAGAAAUUAGGAUAUGUUGCAACAACCUGUUAACUUCAAGGGCAUUGACUGCAUCCUUAAUGAGAGCUAGAGCAACUGGUCCAAUGCUGCCCAGCUGUACAUGUGUCUGUUUUUAUCUUCACUACAGAGAAGUACAUUUUUUUGUCCUAUGCUAUGAGCCCUUUUGUUACGUUUAUACGUAUGUUCCACGAAAGGCUACAGUGAUCUUGAAUAUCACAGAAAAUGGAUUAAUAUUCUGUGAGACCUGAACAUUUGAAAUCCAGAUGUAAAAUAAUGUAAAUAAGCAACCUGUAUAAAGCAUGGGUCUGGGGUGAAUAAAAUUUUGAUCUAA